AAGUGGUUUACAAAAAGAUUAAAGUAUUUUAUACAUGUUUAAACUAAAGGUCAAUAUUUACAUACAAUACCAGUCCAUAAGAUGGGAGGGGGGGCAGAAACUGCUCCUUGUUGUCACAGAACAAAUUCUUAGCUAAUAAAAGUUCUACAAAUCACACACCUGGUAGCCAAAUUUGCUCUGGCAGCUAUGUAGCUCCAUUUCAGCUAUGUUAAUGCUUUCUAAUUUUAAAACUAUGCUGUAAAAAAAUUAUGCUGUAAACUUUUAGAGGUUAUGUGGUGUAAUUUCAGAGGAAAGCUUUGCGUUUCCUCUCUGUUGUUCAUUGUAAAGGCCUUUACACAAUACUUUGAUUGAUUGAUUGAUUGAUUGAUUGUUUAAUUUCUUUUGUGAUCAAUCAAUCAAACGGAAACCAGAUAACUGAGAAUUAUGUUUUGAAUUCAACCCCUCAAAGUUGCCUAUUAUGUUCUGUGACUUUUUCUACCAAUGGCCAUGUCUUAUUCCACCAUCCCUUUAGAGUGAAAUGGGAAUGGAAUCUCCAGUGAUGGACCAACUCCAGACUUGCCAUUGUGACUAGGUGGAUAAUUUGGUUUUUGUUUUGUGUGACACUUUUUGCACGGUUUCUGGAAAGUGUGAUAGCACUGCUAGACCUGGGUCACUCCGGAGGAAGAAGUUAUUGCGCUAUGGAAGGAAUAGUUUGGAAACCAUUUGCGCCAAUGUCUUGUGCAACUGGGCAUUGCCACCACAUGUAAUAAUAAUCCUCCCAUCGUGUGCAUCCUCUCCAGCAGAAAGCUGGUAAGCUCUCAUUAAAGCUUUGGCCAAAGUAGAAGACAGCUGCAUGCCACACCAAUCUCCAAAUGAUGAAGAGAUUCCAGGCACUUGUAAAGCAACAUGCUAUUCCCGCCCCCCUCAUGGGCUGCCAACAAAGCAAGAAAGCUAUGGCCAUUAUCUUGCAAAGGAACUUGUCUGACAAGUUCAGCAAUGCGUGGUCUGACAGACUUAGGACAACACCACCUGAAGAUGAAGCAUUUCCAUAACUUUUUUCUUUUUUUUGCAUUGUACUAGCAUGCAAACAGCAAAAAUUACACCAAAAGAAGUAUGAUUAAGUACUUUUUUUUCCACAGCAGGCAGCUCUUUUUGGUCCUGAACUCUGAACAAUGACAACAUUUCCCCGCAUUAUUUAAACCCCACCCAUCUGACUUGCCCCAGACACUCUGGACAGAUUCCAACAUAUAUAUAAAAACAUGAUAAAACACUUUAAAAAAAAAAAAACUUCCCUAUCCAGGACUGCCUUCAGAUGUCUUCUAAAGGUUGUAGAGUUACCUAUCUCCUUGUCUCAGGGGUCCGAUAACUCCAUACCCUCCAACGUUUCUCAAAUGAUAAUAGGGACGUCCUAAGAAAAAGCGGCACAUUCUGGGAUCAACUCAGGAUGGCUUUUGUAAAUCUAGGACAGUCUCUGGAAAACAAGGGCGCUUGGGGGGGUCUGUGGCAACAAUGCCACUGAAGAGGCGAGAGACUGGGGAAGAGGCGUCUGCUGGAUCCAUUUCCCACUGGACCGCAGGGCUGCCCUGAAGCUGGAAAACAGUGUUUGGUUUAACCGUCCGCCACGAGAGACCUAAACAAGCGCGGCGCCCUUGCUGCCCUUUCCUCGGCCCCACAUCCCGCCCAACCGGCCAGAUGAGCGGAGUCCGGGCUUCUGGCAGCAGCCGCUUCCCUCAGGUGGGCGCUCGCUCCGCCUCCCGCCCUCCACCUGUCCUGCCUGCUGCGGCCGGGAGGAGGAGGAGAGGAAGGGCCGGUCCCCCAGCGUCACGUGCGGGCGUGUGUACGGCGGCGGCGGCUGGGAGUCAGUGACUCACUGCUUCCUGCGGCCAAUCCCACGGGCGGGUUCCGAGGCCGGCCCGGAGGGCGGGCGCAAGGCUGGGCCGCGCCACGCGGGGCGGCACACUGGCAGCCGCUUCCUUUUUCUAGCGCACUCGCUCGUCGGCUGGUGCUGCUGCGGGCGCGAAAGGGAGCCCGGCUCGCUGAAGAGGGUAAGUAAGGCUCUCGUCGCUCCGCGCCUCCCUUCUCCCGCGCGCUUACCCCGGGGAGGAAAGGCCUGUUGAACUCGGGGAGGAGACGGCGCGCUCUCCGCCCCGGACCCUCCACUUCCUCGCGAGCGACUUAGGCUUGGAGAGGAUGGAGCCGAGGAAGGGACUCUCUGGGGGGGACCGAGGGGUCUUUGAGCGGGGAAAGAGGGCAGUUAAGAAGGAGCGUCCGCUCCCUUAACGCACCAGCAGUAAGAAGUGAGGUGGGGAGAUUUCACUCUGGGACACGGCGGGGAAGGGCUGCUGGGGCUGGUCGUCGUCGUCGUCAUAAUAGAAAUAGUCAUAACAAUAGAGGUCAGAGUAGGGCAUCCUCCUCUCACCGUUGCAGUUCCGCUGAUAACCUUCUUCUAAACCCUCUCAAAAACAAAACACCCAACAGAAACCUUGCUUGAAGAAGAGCAUGGUUCGCUGUGGGGAGUUUCUGGUCCGGCUCAUCCUGAUCUAAUGGUUUUUCCUUCUUUUGAACUAAAGCGAUGGCUUGGCUGGUGAAGGACUUGAUGUGUUGUGACAGAUCGGGGUUGUUUGUGUGUGUGUGGGGGGGCUCUUUUGGGGAGGGCGGGGGACGGCGCGAUUCCCUCACCCAUCAUCCAGGCUAUUUGCAUGCGAAGCGCACGCUCCCCCCCCCCUCCGAAGAGCAGCUCCGGCUCCACCUGGGCAUAACCCGAGCGCUCUGGGUGGGUGGGCUUUCCUUGGGAUCCCUUGAACCGCGGGCACUUUUUCCCGUGGUCCUUGUUGCCGCCCUCGACGUCGCCGCCGAGGGACCGGCGCGGACACGUGGGAAGCGCUGCUCUGGUCGGAUUAAGGAGGCAGCGGCUCGAGGCCCAAGGGAAGGGAAGCCAAGGUGUUUCUCGGCCUGACCUACAAAACGGAAGCGGCCUCGGAGCUCGCCCUGCCUGUCUUAUUCGCUCGCUUGUGGUUUUGCCCGGCCCGGGGGCGGCGAAAAAUAGGGAUACCGGCGCGGUUUGUUUGCCGGCGGAGCCCUGCUGGGCUCUCGAGCCUCUGUUGAACUUGCAAAUCGCGAGUGCUCUCCUCCACCUCUGCGCCGCCUUCCUUCCUGCAAGUGGUGUCCGUGGAUGCGCUUGGCCCUUCGGGAGGAGUCCCAAUGCUUUUAGGAGGCUGUGUGCCUGGUGAUCAAAGGCAGCCUCCAUCCGUAGUUGGCACCUGAGAGACGACUGCAGUCUUCCCUUCCAGGCUGUUGCAAUGGGCUGGCAUGAGUCUCAACUUGUAAGAACAAGUUAGCACCGAGGAUGGAAAACAGGCGAUGGGACAUCAUUUUUCUGCGUUGAGCAAGUGAUGGCAAUCUGCUGGGAAUUGGGUGGUUCUCAGCUGGGUGUCUCCACACCCCUGAAGGGUGUAGGAAGGGGUUUAUUCACGCUUGGAUAAUGCAACUGGAAUGGGGUGACUGGAUUAAGCAUAAUUUGCCUUUUGCAAAACGCACUUCGCUCGAGACCUCCUCUCCUGUGUGCCUGUCUUUGCGGCGGCGGCUGGAGGAAUCCACCUACUACCAAGGGUUAAGUUUCGGCUCCUUCCCAAGACUCCACCCAUUGUGAUUAAAAGAGCCGGAAAGCCCGUGAAGACUGGCAGUAACUCUUAACUAUUUGAUAUUAACUGAUAUGGCCUGACACACCGAAUUGGCAGAGAGGGAACACUCAUUAAUGAGAGGAGCUUGGGAAAAAUUCCAGUUUGCAUUUGUCAAACAGUAUUUGCAGAAAAAAACAUUUGGCCAGCUCUGAACCCAGCCCAGUCCCCAGAAGUAUGAAUGAAUUACUUCUCUUGCAGCAAUAGGAAUAAUAAAACAGUUUGCUAAGUCCUGUUUCUCCAGCUGCUGUUUUUCUUUCCAUCCUUUAUUUCAACUCUCCUGCAGUAAAAGAUGGUGCAAGCCAUUUUCAAAAUCCAACCAGAGUGUUUCCUAAGUUAUUUCCUCCCCAGUCCUUUCUUCUAGUUUUACAUUUAGAUUAUCUGAUCUCCCUCUGCCUCCAAAAACUUUGCAUUCCAGUGGUCUAUGGAGCUGUAAAAGCUGGGUUCACCUUUCUGAUCAGCCAUGAAAUUGACUGGCCUCAGGCUGGUCUCUCGCCCUGCAAAAUAGGAAAAGCAACAAAAGUGAUCAGUCUCAUGGAGGUGCUGUUGGGAUACACUUGAUUAUGCUGUAGGUCUAGGUGCCCAAGGUGCAUUUUUACAAAGUGCACACCAGCAAUCUUAGAUUUGCCACAGGGAAUUGCAGUUAAUCCAGGCUCUAUAAUAAUGCCAGUACCAUACAAAGGUUCUUCACGUGCCUGCUGCAGUCACAACUUAAAAAUGCAUAUAUGACAAAAAUGCAUGACAAGGCCCUAAACGGCAUGUAGGAUUCAUAGAAUCAUAGAAUCAUAGAGUUGGAAGAGACCACAAGGGCCAUUGAGUCCAACCCCCUGCCAAGCAGGAAACACCAUCAGAGCACUCCUGACAUAUGGUUGUCAAGCCUCUGCUUAAAGACCUCCAAAGAAGGAGACUCCACCACACUCUUUGGCAGCAAAUUCCAUUGUCGAACAGCUCUUACUGUCAGGAAGUUCUUCCUAAUGUUUAGGUGAAAUCUUCUUUCUUGUAGUUUGGAUCCAUUGCUCCGUGUGAUUUAGAUCAAAGGUCUAAAUGGAUUAUUCUGGCAAUCAGUCUGGCUAAUUGCUACAUUUAGGAUUGGGGAGGUGUUUUCCUUCCACAGGGCAACCUAAUUUGAGAAAGAUGCUAGGUAAUUACUGUUGCCUGUAGCAUGUGGCUUGACUUGUUCAUGGUACUUGACGUGCUCUGUUAGGUACAUUUUGUAUGGCCAGCAUUGUAUUGGCGUUGUGUGUGUCAAUCUGGGAGGUGGCUGGUAUGUCAUUGAGGUGGAUGGGGGACCAGAUGGAUACAGUAUCUCUUAUAAUGCUCCUAUUAAACUCACUGAUUGAGGAAGGGAGGAAGCAGGUUAAACCAUGGGUUUCACAACCAUAUCUUAUUGCCACAGGGCUGGAAAUGAUACAUUAUUUGGCAUGCUUAUAUUGGCAACUAUUAGCUACUGUUUCCCCCAUCUGUUUUAUGCUUUCAGUGUGACAGGCAUAUGUUCAGAAGGUUUAGUUCAACUUUCCAUGGAUAGGCAAAAACUGACCUGUUGAACUUCUGCCUCUUACUGCUGUCAAAUGCAUGGCCUCUGCUAUCUCCCCUCACCUCCCACAGGUCCUCUAACCAUCUCAGCCCUGAACCCUUCACCUUGGAAGAGAGGGUUAUCUUGUUUUCUCUCUCUUUAUGCUUCUUGCCAUGCCUGUAGUAUAUAGGUUUUAUUUAAAAAAAAACAGAAACAGACCACAUGGUUUGCCAAUGUCUUUAAGUGAAGGGCUGUGCAACAUUGGCUAGUAUUUGUAUAGACAUGACCUUGUGUAUUAAGGGAUGUAGAUGGUUUGGAAUAUUUACCAAUAUUUAUUUCAGAUGAUUUAUGAAAGACCUUGGUAUGUAUACAGCUCUGGGAUGGAAUGCUUCCUGAAAGAGUUUUCCUUGUAACCUCCCUGUUGGAUCACUGCAGUGGGGCUAUCCCUUGAAGACUGCUUAGAACAGGCAUCCCCAACCUGCAGCCCUCCAGAUGUUUUGGCCUACAACUCCCAUGAUCCCUAGCUAACAGGACCAGUGGUCAGGGAUGAUGGGAAUUGUAGUCCAAAGGUUGAGGAUGCCUGGCUUAGAAGCUUCAAUUAGUACAGGAUAUUGCUGCCAGGAUUCAGACUGUGACCUGGUUCGCCCAUAUCAUGCCAAUUCUAAAGCAAUAAAACACACAGGAUUUAAAUUUGCAUUUCAAGUAAUGUACUAUUUGUUUAUUAUUGAAGUAUUUAUAAAUGACAUUUUCAUAAAAAAUAUUACAAAGUACAAUGCUGUCAUAAAAGCAAGAAUGCCAGACAUCAGGAAAAGCUGGUUAGCAAAGAAUCUCAGGUUUAAAAGGCCUGCCUGAAUUACACAGUUUUUGACCUUCAGAGAUGCCUGCAUACAUCACCUUUAUUUACAACAUGGAAUAAAGGUGGUAUAGAAAUGUAAAAGGAUUAGUUCAAUUCAUUUAUUAGCUAGCCCAUUCAAAUAAUUCACGUUGACACUGAGCCUAGGGAAAGAACAUUUUGCUGCCUGGUCUAGUCCUGCUUUUUGUGUGGGUGUAAAUGAGGAGUCUGGAUGUGUGGUUUUAAGGAGAAGUGGAAGCUAGCAGGUGCAUUCGAGUCGAUUCUUGCAUUGACAGCAAUUAUUUGUGUGCAAGCAGUGUUUAGAUUUAGUACUCUUUAGUUGGCUGCCCACUUGGGAAUUAGUCCUACUGAAAUAAGUAGAGCUUACGUCUGAGCAAAUGUGCCUAGGUCCAGGCUGUUACCUGGUGUGAAAACUGAGAUCUUGGAAUGAAUGUUUUUAACUACCUUAUAGGGUGCGGCAGAGCAUUGUCUUUGGUGCUAUUUAAUGAAGCCACUGAGAGUGGUCAUUAGGAGUUUUGGGACAAGUUACCAUCACUACGCUAAUGACACUGAGUUCUAUUCUUCCAUAACAACUGAACCAGGAGAGGCCAUGCAGCCUCUGUACCAGUGCCUGGAUUCAGUGGUGAGCAAUAUUAAAAACUCAGAUACAUCAGCUAGGUGCUAAAUGGCUCCUUAAAUCAAUGCUACAGUCACCAAAGCGGAAUGUCUAGUUGCCAUUUUGGGGCCAGACGGCUCAAAUGUCAUAUUUUUCAACAUGACUUUUUGGUUCCUGAAAUUCAUUCUGAUUGCCUAGAUAAAAUAUCACAGACAGAAAUCUACAGGAUGUGUUGUUAGUGUGUGAAAACAGGCAAGAGCCAAGGAUCCCCAGGCAUGCAGAUGGUGGAGACAUCAGGCACCAUCCUGGUGCCCAGGCAUCUUCACUUGGUCGCAAGUAGCCAAGAGCCAGGUGGUCCCCAUAUCUGAAAAAAUGGUCACUUCCCUAUGCUGAAUGGAGUCACACUCCCCACUAAAGGAGCAGCUUUGCAGGCUGGAUCCAGCUUUGUCAAUGGAAGCUUAGGUAGCCUCAGUGACUAGAAGCUGCAACUGGUACCAUAGCUCAGACUUUUGCUGGACUGCGAAAACUUGACUGCAGUUGUUCUUGCAUUGGUUACUUUAGCAUCAGAUUACUGCAAUGUGCUCUAUGUAGGGCUUCCCUUGAACUUGAUCUGGAAGCUGCAGUUCGUGCAGACUGCUGUCGCUGAUAAACGUGAGAGCCAUCAAUUAGCAUCUGUCAGCUUAUAACACCUUUUCAUGCGUUUCUCAAUUUGCUACAGGGCCAAAUGCAAGGUGUUAUUAUCAGCAUAUAAAACCUUUAACAGUUUGGAAACAGUUUUCUUGUAAUAUCGCCUUACCCCAUAUAUGCCCACUCAGCUGCUUUGAUCUCCAGAACUUACAGUGCUUCAGAGAUGCCACAAAAUACCUGCUCCAGACUUGGAGGAAAUUGAUCUUUUCAUGUGGCAGCACUUAAACUUUGGAACUCCCUGACCAUUGACAUCAGGCAGACAUGUUCUCUCUGUUUUUGGCACCUCCUUAAAACCAUUUUUUGGCCAGCCUCCCCUGACAUGUCGAAUGUUGGUUUCUAACUUAUUGAGGUUAUUUAAAAAUAAAUAAAUAAAUAAUGAUAAUAUUUAUUAAGUUUUCAUUUUUCAACCAAACAUUUAUAACAUAUCUUUUCAUCACUUAUAAUUUGACUCUUUCAAGCCUCUAACUCCCUUCCAUCCCCCCAAACCGUCUUUCUAUCUUCUUUACAUAAUUUCCUCGCAUUUCCAAUUCCCCCUAUCUAUCUACCUACUUUCAUUCCUUAAAAUUCCUUCUCACUGUAGAUAAGUUUCUAUUUCUAAACUGCAAAAACCUUUAAAUCAGUACUGUUAGUGUUGUCACAGAUCUACAAUGUUCUUUCAAAUAUAAAAUAAAUUUACUCCGGUCUUUUUCAAACAGUUGGUCUCGCUGGUUGUGGAUUUUCCCGGACAGUUUUGCCAGUUCUGUGUAUUCAAUCAUCUUAGUUUCCCAUUCUUCUACUGUUGGAAUUUCUUGCUGCUUCCAUUUCUGGGCUAAAAGAAUACUUGCCGCCGUUGUGGCAUAAAGAAAUAUAUUAUAAUCCUUCUUAGAGAUUUCAUCACCUAAUAUGCCCUACAAAAAAGGUUCUGGUUUAUUCUGAAAAGUAUUCUUAAAUAUUUUCUUAAGCUCAUUAUAUAUCAUAUCCCAAUAAAUUUUUACCUUAGGACAAGUCCACCACAUAUGGUAGAAAUUCCCUUCUUUUCCUUUACAUUUCCAAAAUAGAUUGAGUCUUGUACUAUACAUUUUGGCUAAUUUUGUUGGUGUCCAGUACCAUCUAUACAUCAUUUUCAUUAUAUUUUCCUUUAAAGCAGUACAAGCAGUAAAUUUUAUUCCUUUCUUCCAUAGCCUUUCCCAGCCGUCUAGUUGUAUAUUAUACCCAAAAUCUUUUGCCCAUUUUAUCAUAACACACUUGACUUGCUCAUCUUUGGUAUGCCAUUCUAACAGUAGAUUAUACAUCUUUGAUUUUAAAAUUUAUUAUGAAGCGUCUUGUUUCUGUUGGUUGAAAGAGUGGGUUUUAUUAGAAAAUACUGAUUUAUUGGAUUUUGAAGGUUUCAACAACAGAUUUGGUUGGCACGUCUGACAAAGUAAAGGCACACAGAAGCUUCCUAAAUCAUAUCAUAAGGAAGUCAUUGUAUGAGGUUUGGAAGAGAUAAUAGAAAUUUGCUGGAAUAAUAACUCCAACUUCAUGAUGUUUUUAAGGAAGAUGUUAAAAAUAACGGCUUUGCAAAUAUUAAAUCUAAAUUGGAGACUGAAUUGCUAGAGUGUAGAGGUGAAACUUAUUGAGGGUUUUAAUUCUUUUUUAAAUGUUUUAAGUAGUACUUUUAAAACUUUUUUUUAACUGAUAAUUGUAUUGUUUUAUUCUUUUCAUCAACCACUUUGAGGUUUUGUUAUAACCAAGUAGCAUAAAUUUUGUGUGAAAUAGACUACCUGUUCAUUAGCCCAGAGCACCAUAUAAACCAGUUCAGGGGCAGGCCAAAUUUUGGCCUGAAGAAUCUUUCUUUUUGUUUGUUUUUAUUGUACCUCAGAGAGUCACCAGGUGCAUAAUGGUGGCUCAGGUAAGAGGGGCCAACAGGCUUUUAUUAUUAAGGAAUGGGAUGCCUCUGAGCAUUUGAUCACUGCAGAAAUUUGUUUUUAGAAGCGGAACUGACCUCACAGUCCUACCACAAAAAAUGUCUGUCCUGGUAUCCCACUCACACCAGCUUUCUGCAGUUUGGAAGGGGUAGAGUUUUUUGAUAGGGUGAUCAGGUAUAAAAGAGGACUGUGCUCCUGUGCCUUUAAUGGCUGUAUGAAAGAGAAAAUUUUAGCAGAAAAAAAUCCACAAGUAUUAAAAGGUGCAGGAGUCCUAUCCUCAUCUGCCUCUGCCAACCCUACUAUUUGUUGCUGCUGCUAUGAUUAAACAGUUGACAGUCAGAAUUGUUGCUGGCCCACUGUCAAUUUAGUCAAGUUAAUAGGAUGCUUUUAAGCAGAGGUUGGAUGGCCAUCAGUCAUGGAUGCUUCAGUUGGGAUCCCUGCAUGGCAGGGGGUUGGACUAGAUGACCCUUGGGGCUCACUUGCUGCUAUACAGUUCUUUGAUUCUGUGACUAUAUACUACAUAUAGAAAAGAAAAUCUGAUUAAAUAAAUAUUAAAUGCAGCAGGUAACUAGCAGAUAAAAUAUCAAAAAGAAGGGGGGGAUCAAAUGAUAAAGCAGUAUAAUCCAGUGAUCAACAAUUGGAAAAUACCUAAACAAAAUUGGGUUUUCAGUAAGGGUUUAAAAUAUUCUACAGACAGAUGGAGCCUCCUGGAUGGGUAAGCAUUCCAGAGAACAGGCACAUUGCACUGAGAGGUGUGCAUGUUUGUUAUGAGAAUGAAGGCAAUCCAUUACCUGACCUUGUCCUAAGUUCUACUCCAGGGGUCAGCAAACUUUUUCAGCAGGGGGGCUGGUCCACUGUCCCUCAGACCUUGUGGGGGGCCAGACUAUAUUUUGAAAAAAUAUAUAUGAACGAAUUCCUGUGUCCCACAAAUAACCCAGAGAUGCAUUUUAAAUAAAAGGACACAUUCUACUCAUGUAAAAACACGCUGAUUCCCAGACCGUCCGCAGGCCGGAUUGAGAAGGUGAUUGGGCCGGAUCUGGCCCCCGGGCCUUAGUUUGCCUACCCAUGUACUACUCAGAUCUACCAGUACAUCCCAUUCUGCUUUCUGCUUAUACUAAUCUAGCAGAGCAUCAUGAUAGCAUUUUCAGUUGGAAUGGCUUCCUUCCGACUUGCAGCAUGUUCUGGAUCCAGCUUUGGAAAAAAGGUACACUGGUUUGUACAUGGUGUUUCCAUAUGUCAACCAACACCUGUUAGAUCACUCAAAAGUUCAGCCUCUGAAGCAGCACUGUAUGUGCAAUGUUUAAAAAGCGGCUCUUUCUGUUACUUAAUUGAGUCACAUCUGCAAUACUUGCUGCUUGAGUGCAUCGUAUAUUUACUAGAUGCUAUCUUCGUGGUGCCUGUCAUGAUGCAUUUCCUAGAUCAAUUCAUUGAUCUCUCUGUAAUGUUAGGACUAGAAGUGCAUGGAUUAUGUCAUCUGAAAUGUGGUGUUUGUACUUGGCAAGGUUUUCAGGCACUUACUUGCAUUAUGUCAUUCUGAGAUCCAGUGGUGGAGCCGAGAGUGUCUAGUCCAUGGCAACUUCAAGGUUCUUAGCUAUGAACUAUGAAUUCCAGGCACAUAUUCAGAAGGCUUACUCAGAGAAAUGGAAACUGUUUGGCCACUAUGCUGUUUCUAGUACUGUUUACAGAACAGAACAAAAGCAGCUGCAGUAUGAAUGAGUAUUGUACAAAGGUGUCUUUGCUCAGGCAAGUUCAAAGUUUAAAAUAUUGACCUUCAAAGCCAAACAUAUGGGUGGGGCCAGGGAAGAUGCACACUUGUAAAUGGCUAGGCCUUAGUGGACUGGGCCCAGUCCAAAGAUGGGCCCAGAGAGGCGGUGUACAUAACUUUAAGCAAACUGCUUAAAAGUUAAAGCAAAAGGUGCUUGCUUAGUGAUAUUUGCCCCUCUCUUUGAAAUCUAAAUUGAUAAUACAGAGGUGAGAAUUAUGGCCAUCUGGAGGGCAUCAAAUUGGCUGUCCUUGCAUUAAAAAGUAAUCUGUACCAAAGUGAAAAAUGUCUGUCUACCGUUCACAUAUUUAGAGAAGUCUGCUCUAGUAUUGAAACUGUUCGUUUUAUUUGACCACUGCAAAUGAACAUCAUGGCUUUUUGCAGUUUGUUUUAUUUCAGUCAUAUAAUUACCAUAUUUUAUUACUUCAAACCAUGCAAUUUGCGGCAUCACAUAUGAUGCCCCAAGUUAGUAGUUGCUGUGAUGCCUGUUGUUUUCUUAAUUUGUCCUUCCCUGGCCGGUACAGUGUAGAACCAACUACCAUCGGGACACUACUGCUAAUUUCCUUCUGCCAAUUCCUUUGUGCUCUGAACUAAGCCUUUUCUCAUUCCUUGUUCAUAUGCAUGGCAGCAAGGGUCUUUCUGCAUGUCAUGAUACAAAUUUUCAGAGCACUCCUUUGAGAUCUGUGGCUUGAAGCUUAGUCACCAAUCCUGAAGAAAUCCCAUUCAGACUGUUCUUAACUCUGACAUUAGAAAAGUUGAUUCUGCUUAUAUAAUUGUUUCACUGCAACUCAAAAUGUGCAACCAAGUAGCAUUUUAUACAUAGGCAGACACAUCCCUGUAUCUAUUUUUAUGGUAGCCUUUCAAAGUCACUUGAAUUGCCCUUUCCUUCUAUUUUUUGUUCUGCUCUAAAAUAAUGCCUUUCUCACAGUGUCAUAUAUUAAAAUGGAUUUGCUGUAUGUGGGUCAUUCCACACAACCAGCUUCUUCUGCAACCUCUUCUCACUUUUUUUUUAGCAAAGUCUGGAAGCCCCAGGGUUUAAAUGACCCCCACCUCACAUUACAGCUUCUUGGAAAGCCCUUUUAACCCUCCAAAUCAGACAUAGGCAAAUCAACCCUCCAGAUGUUUUGGGACUACAACUCCCACCCUCCCUAGCUAACAGGACCAGUGGUCAGGGAUGAUGGGAGUUGUAGUCCCAAAACAUCUGGAGGGCCGAGUUUGCCUAUGCCUGCUCCAAAUUCAGAAAUUCACCAUGCCCAUGCCCAAAAAGUAUUUAAGAGGUAGCAGUAUUUGACUAGUUCAUGGGUUCCUUCUGCUCUUUUUCUUGUGAAAAGUACUGAAGCAGAAUCCCAAAAGAGCUUGUGGAUUAAAAACUUGCAUGUGCUGAAGCUUGUGGGUUUGAUGAGCACAUCAGCAUAUCAGCGCAGGCUUCCUAUCUACUGUAUGUGAGUAGCAAACAUUUAGCACAGCCUAAUGCUUUAUUAUGGGACGCGGGUGGCGCUGUGGGUUAAACCACAGAGACUAGGACUUGCUGAUCAUUAGGUCGGCGGUUCGAAUCCCUGUGACGGGGUGAGCUCCCAUUGCUCGGUCCCUGCUCCUGCCAACCUAGCAGUUUGAAAGCACGUCAAAGUGCAAGUAGAUAAAUAGGUACCGCUCCGGCAGGAAGGUAAACAGCAUUUCCGUGCGCUGCUCUGGUUCACCAGAAGCGGCUUAGUCAUGCUGGCCACAUGACCCGGAAGCUGCACGCCGGCUCCCUCGGCCAAUAAAGGAGAUGAGCACCGCAAUCCCAGAGUCGGCCAUGACUGGACCUAAUGGUCAGGGGUCCCUUUACCCUUUACCUUUUAAUGCUUUAAUCUCUUAUACUUCUCCUGUUGUUGGCAUCCGUCUGUCUCAAGAGGCAAUGGAGUGCACCUCCAGGGAUGAAAUCAAACUGCUGCAUUAGCAGCACCCAAGUGCCCUCUCUGGGUUACAAGCCUGAGCAGUGUGCACUGAGGUCCUGGAAUGGCCAGACAACAAGACCCCCCCUCUUGGCUUCGCUGAUCUGGUCCAAAGGAAAGCAUAGCAAUAUGUUUAGCACCAGCUUGGCUGCAGGAGUCGCAGGAAUGGGGCAUAUGAGGCGCCAUCCAACCGUCUUAGGGACUCCACUCCCAAUUUGUGUGGGCCUUAAUCCGUAGCUUUCUACUGAAGACAUCCCACAAGGCAGCAGAUGACCCAGUAUAAAGUACAGUAUUUUUCACUCUAUUGGACGCACCGGACCACAGGACACACCUAGUUUUUAGAGGGGGAAAUCAAGGAAAAAAAGUUUAUUAUCUCCGUGGCUGGAGAGGCUGUGCAAAGCUAAAGAGGAAGCCAAGGCAGCGAGCGGAUCGCUGGAGAGGUUGCACAAGGCUUUUCUACGAGGAGGGAGAAGGGACUGACUGGCUGCGUCAGUCCCUUCUCCCUCCUGGGGAAAAGCCCACAAAAGCCGCGCGAAGCUUGUGUGUGGCUCUUGGGGGCUUUUCCUGCCUGCCUCCCCCCCCCCCCGCACAUGCUCCAUAGGACGCACAGAUUUUCCCCCUUAGUUUUUAAGACGGAAAAAGUGCAUCCUAUGGAGCGAAAAACACGGUAAAUAAUGUGCCUAUAGCAGCUGGUUUGCACACAACUUUUAUCUAUGCAAAAAAGGGCCUAUGCUGGGGUAUACAGGGAAGGUGUUUUCUUUCUACACCUCUAGAAAUGCUGUGUGUGUUGGUGUUAGGGUUUGGCCUCCGCUGCUGUAUAUCUGACAUUCAUGAACACCUCUGAAAUCAUGUCACAAUUUCUCAGCUGUUCAGUCACCUGGGAAAAAUCAUAUUCCUAGAAGCCAAAAUUUUUUUAUUUUAUUUUUUUGCCAAUUGCAUCUGCAACUGAGAGCAAACGUUAAUUAUAACUAACAAUAGACUUUGUGUACUGACAUAGAUCCCAGCCUCAGUAUCCCGUAGGCAUUUUCUGACAUUUGCAGGUCAGAUAAGUCUUUUCAGGAGGUCACAAGCUUCAGAUACUAAAUAGAUUAUAAAUAUUUGGUGAAGGGAUGCGGAGCCAGAGCCACACUCAUUCGGUGCAGUCUUAGCAUUCACACGGGCUACUUCAAAACAAGUUGGCACGCAGGCCAACUUUGAUACACACUCAUUCUAACUGCAUAUGUUGAAACUGGGUAGGAAACUACUCUUUCCCUACCCCGGCAAACUGUUGUUGACAUUACUAUAUUUAUUCAUUUUACAACGCAAAUGACAUCUUGGAGAGAGUUGCUUCUCUCUACAUUCUUUUGCUUGACGGUUGGUAAACAGAGGUUGGCAAAUAGAAACUGUGAAUUCCACCCAUUGAUGGUAGUGUCCAUUAUCAGUAAAUGUUAGUGGGGAAGCAGAUAAGGGGGUUCUAUUGAGCAGUCACCUAUUGCUGGAAGAAAACUAGCUUUGUUUGAGAAUAUUUGUGAAGCUUCUCUGCAUAUACAGUCAACUUGACUCACAUAGAAGAGGUCUCUCAUCACUAGUGCUGUUUUUGACAUAUAAAACCAUAAAUGGCUCAGGACCGCAAUACCUUAAGGACCACCUCUCCCCAUAUGAACCGACCCAAACCCUGCAAUCAUCGUCUGAGGCCCUUCUCCAUGUGUCUCAUCCACAUGGAGGUCCCGUGGCAAUGGCUCUCACUUUGUGGAAUGCUCUCUGCAGGGAGGCUCACCUGGUGCCCCCAUUACAUAUCUUAGGUGCCAGGCAAGAACAUAUUUCUUUAACCAGGCCUUUGGGUGAUUAACAUUAUGUGUCCUUUUAAAUGUGUUUGUGGGAUGGGGGUUAUUAGUUUAUUUUUGCUGUUGUUUUUAUUAUGUAUUUUGUGUUUUCAUCUUGUGUUUUUCUGUUGUGAACCACUCUGUGAUCUUUGGAUGAAAGGUGGUAUACAAAUUUAAUAAAUGAAAAUAAAAGCCUCUUUCUGGGCAGACUGAGACUGGUUUACUCAAAUGGCAGCUGCGCUAUAAAGUGAGAAGAAUUGUUUCCAACGUUGAAGCCAGUUCAGAGGCUAAAGCUUGUAUACCUUAAGCACAUUUUUGCCGACGGUGAAAAGAGCCAGCGUGUCCUACUUUUUAUUUUUUAUUAAUAGAGGUUGCUUUAAUUAGCAAACGUAGGUAUACAAGAUGGGAUAGGGAAAGGGUUCGUUUUAGUCAGAAAUUAAGACUUUUCUGUGGCUGUCUUUCUUUGUGUGUGUUUAUGAGGGUUAUUUAAUCCCCACAGCCACCCAUCUCAAAUUGGCUAGUGAAACAGGUGUCAAACUGGCAGCCUUUCUAGUUUUUGUGCUGGUCUGGAUAGGUAGGUAAGGGCAUGAAUCCAUAUGCCUGAGAUGUAUGUUUUGUGCUUUAUUGAAAAGCCUUUUCUUUUUAAAAACACAACAACCACAAAACCAUCUUUUCAUUUUUAUGCUGGGCAUUGCUUCUGCUAUGUUGGUCCUCAAGCCCGGGGAAAAAGAGAGGUUACUUUAUAACCUUAAUAAAUAGUAUAACCCUUAAUAAGUAGUAUUAAUAAGUAGUAUUAUUAAUAAGUAGUAUUAUUAAUAAGUAGUAUUAUGUUCAUGGUAGUGUGUAAUGUGUAGGUCUCACUGUCAUAAAAACCAUACACCGAGGUCCAACACCUCCUUGAAGUAUGAGCUGCUUUUCUAGGAGUCAAGAUAAGAGCAAAUAAUUGUAUUGUUCAUGCUGUUUUAGGGAUUGCUGCAUGUUGCUAGGUGAUGGGAUUGGUUUUUAAAACACUUGUGUGCAAGUAGUUUAACUUUAUAGCAGUUGUCCUCAUGCAUUCCCCCACUACCUAAACUCGCUGAGUAACUCUCUGUUAGAAACCUGGACUAAAGUCCCGAGCUAUAGUACACAGUGUAAAGAGAAUAACUUAAAGCUCCUCUUUUAUUUGCAAAGAAAUUUAUGUUCCUAGAACCUCAGUUUAUGCAGUAGCUACUCCAACUGUAUUGGCACAUAAGUAUGGAUAUUCUUUUAAGGAAGAACCCUGGGUGCAUUACGCUGCUUUUGUCUAGGCAUUUCUUUUGGGUGUAUUCAUGAGCACAGCUGUUUUGGUGUCCUAAAUAUGCCUCAUUUUAGGCAUGUAAGAAAGCUUUUGAUAACUUUGCCAAUGACACUUCAUUGUGCUGCUUGAUAAGAUGCCAUUUGAAACUCUGGCAUUCAGUAGGAGAAAGUGCCGGCGGUAAUGGUAUGUGUGGUGGCAUCUAGCAGUAGCUCUUAGUCACUGCAACCAAUAAAGACAAAGGGGCAUUUUGGCUUCAGAGUCUGACCACCUGUCAUAGUGCUGAAGGGGUUGCGGUCCAUCAUCUCCUUAGUGGUCUGGCUUUUACUUCAUUCUACAUUUUCUAGAAAAAUGCCUCCCAACAUUAAAUCAGAAAUGUAAUCAAGAGGCUGGCAGGGGUGGCCAGGAGAGGUCAUCUGUUGCCUGACUACCUACAUCCACAGAAGGUGAAACAGGAACAGCCCAGGAACAGCUUGUCCUUUUCUUUGUGGAGAGAUGGUUGAGAUGGAAGCAGCAAAGCAGUUGCCCAUUAAUAUCUUUGCAAUUGUGUGACUUACUUUGUGAGCAUCUCACAUCUCUGGAGAGGGGUCGUGGUCUUUGUCAGAGAAGAGGGUAACAGUGUGUGUUACUAAGCAGCAUGUAAGUCUUCACCACAGACACACAUUCCCAUCUCUUCCUCUUAAAACUCUUCCACAGUCCCAUGACCAAGACGGGAUGAGAAGAGGGAUUUGUCUGACUUCUGCGGCCUCCAGAAAGGAAAUGAAUGGAUUUUGGAUUAAAGGGGAAAUGAAUUAGAAGGGGACCUGGCGACUCUCUUUUCAAAAGCAUUUAAAUAGGUGGGAGGCACUGGAAUGGUAAUUCAGAGUUCACUUCUUGCACCAGAAUGUUGCCUCUGUAGAAGGGUGUAUCUGGUCACGGUGUUGCAUUCAAAGCUUUUUCUAGCCAGAUAGAGUCCAAGGAAUAAAGGAAGGUACUCUAGAUGCCAACCUCUGAUGAGUGUCCUUGGCAGCUAACGCUUUGAAGAUUUCAUCUUUGAACAUGGUGCUUUCCUUUAGCUAUCAUGGCCGAUAUUGCAGCAGAUUAGAGGACUCUUGGGUGGCUGGAGCCAAAAGAAAGAGUCAUGAAAAUAAUGGGAAGUGUGGGAGGGACAUUUAGCAUCUUGACUUUCUGGAAGCACUGCCUUUGGCAUCAGUUGCAACAUGAACCAGUAUGUUCACAAUUGGCUCGAGUUGACUUUCAUCUUUAUGAUACAGAUAGUUGUAGUUUGCAGAAACUGUCCAGCAUUUUUUGUGUUGUAUUCCAGUUAGCCCACGUUUUAAAAAGUCAAAGAGAACCCUUGUUUUGAGGGCUCUUCAGAGGGGUAACUAUUAAAAAGAAAAAAUUCUAUGUACUAAAUUCAGUAGGGCUUGAAUCCUAGGUAAGUGUGCAUAGGAGUGCAGUCAAAGUUGGUUGUCUUAACUUCCAGUGCAGUGAGAACAUCAUUGUAAUGGGGAGAGGGGAGUGAUUCAGUGUAUUCUCCUUUUUAUAGACCAUUUUAGCUAUCAAUGGCUGUGUUUGAUCUUUGGGUGUUUUCAUGUGUUUAAAACAGAGUAUGAACUUGAAAAAUCAACAGUGGUAGAACACUCUGAGUACAUCUUAAAAUAUCUUUCUAAGUAGAUGGAGGUAUAUAAUUAAGGCCGGCUUGGAAACUUCCAAAUUGGUAACUUCCCAUGGAAGCAAUUAAUUUUAAACUCCUUCCUAGUUGUGUGCAUAUAUAAAACCUUUUAUAUAUUGUCCAUUUAUGUAAAUAAAAAGUAGGGUGAAGAAUGGCAAAUGCAUUUUGUGUGGGCUUUUUGAGAAUAUUUUUCUCCCUCCCUCCCUCUCCCCCUCUCCUGAACAAUUACCAUCCAUUAUAUUAAAUACAUUGCACCUUCCCGCCUAAGUAAUGUGAUGGAGCUUUACUUUGAUAACCCUCCCCAGAUGUCAUUAGCUGAUUUUGAGUGGUGUUCUAUUCCCACUGCGUGCUCUUGCUCUUUACUGCAUGCUAUUAAAGCAACUGAGCACCAACAGUUUCUGCUUCCCUUCCUUCACCCCCACUUCGCCAGAAAUGCCCAAUGCCUCAUUAGUUUUCAUCAGGAAUUUGGAUGGUUUGAGAUCCCUCCAACAACUGAAAGUCUUCUGCUCCCUAUGAAAACUCCACCCUUUCCCCCUUGCUGCCCUGUAGGCCCAUCUGCCUCCCACAAUAUCCCAUGUAAUCCUGUAUUAGCACUGAUGUCCCAGGUGCUGCAGCCCUAUUAGCAUAAUGUAAAUCAAACUCAAUGCAUGGUUGACAUGACUAUUCUUGGUAGAGUAUAGUUCCCUAGUGAAUUUCCAGCAUAGGGAUGUUUUACUGCAUCUUCACCUUUGUGUGCAUGGGGGGAGGGAAUGCUAAUCUUUUUACAGAAAUACUUUGAUCCAUUUUCACCAGCUGAUUUACAGCUGAAAAUUCCCUGAAUAGUUUAGGCAGUCACACCUCAUCCCAUGUGUGGCUUUGGAUUCCUUAGUAUUCAAAGCAAAUACCUCAUUAAGCCUGGGCUCCCUCUUUGAGACAGUUUCGCUCCUAUCCCUAGUCACUUAUUGCACCUCUCAAAUUGGAUUUUCCCUACUCCAGUUCUUAAAAUGUGACCUUUAUUAAAGAAUCUAUUGCGAUCCUAACACUCAGCCUGUCUAUGCAUCUACAGUGGUACCUCGGGUUACAGACGCUUCAGGUUACAGACUCCACUAACCUAUAAAUAGUACCUCGGGUUAAGAACUUUGCUUCAGGAUGAGAACAGAAAUUGUGCGGCGGUGGCACAGCGGCGGCCCCAGUAGCUAAGGUGGUACCUCAGGUUAAGAACAGUUUCAGGUUAAGAACAGACCUCCAGAACAAAUUAAGUUCUUGACUCGAGGUACCACUGUACUUCUAUCCAAAAGUCCAUAGAAAGUUUCCUUCAGCUUACCUGAACUUUUCUUUUCCCCAGUUUCAUAUCUCUUUUGCUCAUCCUUUCCUGAAGCCCUGCUAGAUGGUCUGUUUACUUCCUGUCACCUUUCCAUCAGCUGUCCUUUCUCUUAGCUUCUGUUCUACACCUCUUGGUUCCCCUUUCGUUUAUGUUUCCUAUGUGUCAUUCUUCACCUGCCUCCCCUCUUUCCCAUUGGCUUAUAGCCCCACCAAUAUUCCACAACUAGACAUAUUCAUCCCAAGUAGUUUGGAUGUUCUGAACAUUUCGUGCUAUCCCAGAUGACUGCUGAGUGGAAGAGUCUUUCUGCCAUUAUGCAAUAAAUGCUACCUUAGAUUCCUAUUUUGAAUCUGUCUCAAUCAGCAUUUAAUAUUAACCAGGUGCAUUUUACACCUGGCUAUUGGCCACUUGUGUACAAAUUACGGUAAGCUGCCCAGGCACCAGGAUGGCUCCUGAUGUUUCUACCAUAUGGCGAUGUGUGGCUGGGAUUAUUGGAUCUAACCUGUUUUCACACACUAACAGCACAUCCUGUAGAAUUCUAUUCGUAACAUUUUAUCUGCACAAGCAGAAUGAAUUUCAGGAACCAAAAAGUCUAAUUGAAAAAUACGACUUUCGAGCCCCAAAAUGGUAACUAUACAUUAUGUUUUAGCGACUGUAAACCUGGUUUAAGGAGUUAUUCAGUAGUUACAUUAUUGUUCUUGUUCUUUUCUUCUCGCUACCUCUUUUGCCAGAUGCCUGGUAUUACAUGAAGACAUAGUCUUGAGUUCAUCAUUGGUAUAGUACCUUUAUAGUACCUUCUGGUGUUUAAGUAUGUUGUGAUGUAGCAUUUAAAUGGCAUGUAUUUAAAGGGGGUGGCUGCCACGUAGACAAGAUGCAGGGACCAGUUCCUAGGGCUUUACUACCACCAACUCGAAUGCAUAGAUUAUUUUGACUGUCAGGGUGUGUGUCCAUGUGAUACUAGUUUGAGGCAUGGCCAUCUUUGUUAGCAUGAAUUUCAGAACAAGUACUAAUUUUUUUCCAGUGUAUCUGGUUUAUAGUACCGUACAUAUGUUUAGGAUACCAAAACUAUUUUUUAAAGGAACUUUGUGGAAAGACCAGACAUACAUUCCAUAAAAUUGAAAAAUACUGCAGCACUCGGAAAGGGGGCACCAAUUAAAUGGGUUUUCCACAGUCUUUGGAAAGGGUGCUUAAAACAAUGAGAGGCUGAUUCUGUUUCUUUUGCUGACACAGUUUCAAAGUUUGCUUGCUUUUCCCCCUGGGAAAGUGUUCAAUUCCUUACAUGCUUGAAUGUUGCUAGGCAAUUGCCUCUUUCAUUUUGCUUUGGCUACCAUUUGCUUUUCAGAAAUUGGCAUUGCUCAUUUUUGCCAUUAACUGUGUGACUAAAGCCAAGGGGGAGAUGGUGGAUGCAAAUGGAGAAACUGCCUGUUCUUCUGGCACUAAAAUGAAAAUAGGAAAAGUAGAUUUUGUUUUCAGGAGUUAGCUGCAGUGUGCCUAUAUUUCUCCCACCCAUGGGCAAGUAAGGUAGCUGAGCUUGCUUUUAAAAACACAUAGAAAAUAGAAAGCGUUAAACGCCUACUAACUCUUAAGUAUUCCCUGCAUGGUAAGAUAUUCCUGCCUGGUUUACGGGUCUGAUAUUCCUGUUCCUCUCACCAGCAACUUUUGUUCGCUGGAGUGACACUUCUUUACAAAUCAGUUGUACAGCCAAUUUAUUGCUGUUUAGCUGCCAAGGAAAGACAACUUCUGUUCAAAAGUUGCACUGAGGCUAAACUUCAAACUCAACAUUUAAGAAUUUUGUUAGCUAGAAAUUAGGAAUGCUACCUGGGGUUGUUGAUGGUUUUUGUAGCCUAGAACACUGGAGGGCACCAAGUUGGUGAAUGCUGCCAUACAGGCCUGCUUCAGAGUAGACUUGUACUGUAUAGGAUUGCAUACUAUUUUUUUCUAUCAUUUAGGUUAAUCAGCUAAACCUUUCAGUUUACUAAAAGCUGCUCUGGUCAAGUCAGGUAGCAGUUUUGUAACUUGUACCUGUGUAGCCAGUGUGGUGUCCUCUACAUGAUGUUGGAUUAAAAUUUUCUUCUGUUCUGCUGGCAUGACCAAUUUUGGGAGCUGAUGUGAGUUGCAGUUCAGUGACAUCUGGGUGACAGCAGGUUGGCUUCCUCUAGUGUGUGCUUUCUGAGCAUAUGAGCAAUAUUGAGAGGAUAUUGCCCUCUCCAUUUGGUGUGAAUUUGGCCCAGAGGGAGUGGGGAAGGAAAAGAGCAGUUGCAAUACUGUCAAGAAGGUGGAUCUAAUCAAAGGGGGGGGGGAGGGUAUCCAAAGAAUACAUCUUUCUCAUGGGCCCCCCAAAUACGAAGCCAACCCAGUCUAUAUAAAACAAGGUGUCUUGUUUUCCUUUUUACUAAUAUGCAUAUUUUACAAGUAAAAACCAUAUGCUUGAUUUAAGGUUUUAUUUAGUUGGGGGCCAGCCAUUCUAAAAAUACAUAAUAACCCACCCAUCACAAAAAAACCAACACCCUGUUUCCCCCAGUAACACUGAAUAAAGCCACUUGAAAUUUUCCUAGCAUGUUCCGAGACUCAAAGGCCAGCCCCAAAGGUAAGCCUUGCAACACUUCUUUAAAUUAGCAAGGCUUGGGACUGAAAUAGAGGGCGUUUCAUAGCUGGGAAGAGCUAGGUAUCACAGAGAUGGUAUCACUAAAGCCAGAAGAGAAGUAAUAAUGAAUAGGGAUAAGAUGGAAUCAUUGCCUUUGAAUACUCAUUAAUUGGUUUUUAUUACGCUGUCUGUCUCUGGUCAGGUAGGGUUUUAAAUAAACAGGUACAGGUUUCCAUUCUGUUCACUCCCAAGAGACAACAAUUAUAUUUUGUUGUUGGGUAAUGCAGGUUUUUGAUAUCACUUAACCAGUAGUCCUGUUUAUUUGGAUUUUUUGUGUUUUUAAAACUUUAUAUCCUGUGUUUUUUUACUGAAUGCAAAAGUAUAGACUACAAUAAUAAUAAUAAAUUAAAACAAACACCACAGCAACGAAGUGCAUAAAGGGGCCAAAGAAAGAAAGAGAAAAUUCAAAAUGUCCUUGUCCCUAGUAGAAGAGCAGGUCUUCAUUGGAUGGAUCUUAAGUUUUGCAGAACUCAUAUGAGAGAAGGUAUACACUAAGAUAAUUGGGUCUAAAGUUGUUCAUGGCUUUAAAGUUAAGGAGCACUUUGAAUAGGGCUCAAUGCAGAUUAUAUGUCUUCUCAAUCUAAAUACACCAUCCAAGGUGGUGCUGGUCCUGAUGGAGGGUGAAAUGAGAGUUAAGGAUGUGCCUAUGUGUCUCUCUUCUCCACCCUGUCCCAGGACCAUCUGUGGAAAAUAGUGAAUGAGAAAGGAUUACACGACCUUCCUCUAGCAUUUCUAAUUUGGUUGAGAUUGGAGCCCCUCUUCCCCAUUAUUCUGAGGUUUGAUGCCCUGCAUUAUGUCUUUCUUGGCCCAGGGGUCACCAGCCAACCUUUUGGGACCUGUGGGCCCAUUAUUAUUUUUUUGCCUUGCAAUGGCAGCAUACACACAUUAGCUGACUUUGAGUGUUUUAAGGACACAAUAUAAGGAGAGAUUAAAAAAGAAGCCAGCUGUGUGGCACCUUCUAAGUAGCUAAGUACCUCACCAGGCUUGUGAGGUUUGUGGGAGCAGAGGAGAGGCAGUGCCAAGUAAACCUCAGUGUGGUGUAGUGGUUAAGAGUGGUAGACUCGUAAUCUGGUGAACUGGGUUCGAUUCCCAGUUCCUCCACAUGCAGCUACUGGGUGACCUUGGGCUAGUCACACUUUUUUGAAGUCUCUCAGCCCCACUCGCCUCACAAGAGUGUUUGUUGUGGGGGAGGAAGGGAAAGGAGAAUGUUAGCUGCUUUGAGACUCCUUUGGGUAGUGAUAAAGCGGGAUAUCAAAUCCAAACUCUUCUUCUUCUUCCUGAGAAACAGUCACUGCUGCUUGGUUUGCUUGAGAGAAAGCUGCUGUGGAGGAAUGGCUGGCUGAGUGAGCAACUGGAACAUCUGAUCCUAGUUCCCAGUGACUGCUAGGCUGUUGGGUUGGGACAGAUAAAAGGGGAGCCAGCUGUUGAUGGUGUAUAGACCCUGAUGGGGAGCUUGUUGGUAUGCGAUCCACCUCUAGAUGUGACCCUGGUGGUGGCAGCCUCUAGUGUGGUGCUGCAGAAUCUUAGGACACUAUUCUUGGGGACUUCAAUGUCCACGUUGUUUCUGCCUUAUCUAGACCAGCCCAGGAUUUUGUGGUUGCCAUGAUAACCAUGGGGCUUUUGCAGUACAUCCAUGUGUCAGACACAUGCUGCAGGAUCUGGAAAAAAAUAAUAUAGUGAAUGGGGUGGUGGUGAGUUAUCGUGGAUGUCGUGGAUGGACCGCUCCCUAAUGAGGGUUGCAUUGCUUGUGACCCUCCCAUCUACCCCCAGAGAUUGAUGGAAAUGGAAGGAUUUCCCAUGUGGUGCUCCUGCUAAAGCCCUAGGUCCAAUUUGGAAUAGUGAGACAGGGAAGGCUAUUGAUGAGAUUGCCCCUAAGCGCCUUAUCCAGCUGCAGAGAGUUUGAGAGGCUCCUUGGCUUUUUGAGAGCACAAGGCAACCAAACAGGUCAGAUGCCACAGGUAAGUCCUGCCAUGAAAAUGGCCAGGUUGAGAUGCCAAGUUGAUUACUACAUGGUGGUGGCAUCGGCCGAAAGAUCAUAUUUCUCUCAGCCUCUUUCACACCUUUGGUGAAUCACCCAGCACAGCUGCUGAGAGUAGCAAACUGGCUGGUUCAGAACAGGGUUGCAUAAUAGAAAACGGGCCACUGAGUAGCCUGCUGGGAGGCAUCUCAGUAAAUCACUUUGAGGGCAAAAUCAUUCAGAUCUGCUCUGAACUCGAUGCCAUGAUUGGUUCAGGUCUGUUGCAGGUCCCUAAAGCACUGUCACUUUGUGGGAUCAGUUUUUGACUGUUGCAGCCAAAAGAUGUGGGCAGGAUGCUUGUGGUGGUGAGGCAGACUGUGUGGUCUUUUGAUCCCCACUCAUCAUGGCUGAUAAAAUCUAGUAACAGGGACUGACUGUAUGGGUCCAAGGAUUAGUUAGUGCCUCACUAUGAGAGACAGUUGUGCACUGCCUUGAAAGAGGUGGCGGUGCAACCUCUCUUGAAGAGGUCACUGCAUCCGGAGGUUUUAGAAAACUGUUACCAUGUCUGUAAUAUUCCCUUCCUGGGCACGGUGAUUGAGAGGGUCUUGGCCAGCUAGCUGCUGGUAUGCCUGAAGGAAACAGGCUAUCUAGUUUCAUUACAGUUUGGUUUCAGGCCUGGUUUUGCCACCAAAAAGCCUUGGUCACCCUGAUUAAUGACCUAUAUCAGGAGAGAAACAUGCAACCCACAGGGGCUGGAGUUGUCAUGGUGGCAUUAGUCCUGCCUUCAGGCUCACUACCAGAAAGUUGUAUUAGGGCUUGAUCUAGACAUUAAACCCCCCCCCCAUUUUUUUUCCAGGAAAACAUGUUGUAAAGCUCAUAAUGGGAAAUCAUGUUGCCAAAGGUUCAAACCCUACAGCGCUAUCUGGUGUCACAGUGUUAUAACGCAUUUAAAAUGCUUUUUUAAAAAAAACUAAUGUAGCUGAGUCCUAGGAGACAUUUGCUUGACUCUGUGGGUUCCCUUAAGGGUCCAUUCUGUUUCCUAUGCUAUUCCACAUUCAUAUAAUAUCAUUGGGAGGUUUCAUUCAGGGAUUUGUAGCAGCACUCUCUCUUCAUUCUGUCUGAAUUGGGAAAGGCUGAGAAGGUGUUAGACUAGCGUAUGUAUAUAUUCUGAAGAAUGAUUACAAAUUUAGAAACUCGUGGUAGGGGUGGAAUAUGUUUAUCUUUAAAUGGGAGCCACUCUCAGUAAGUACUAUGUAGACCCAAAUGGAUGUUUCAGAAUUCCAACUGAUAAGUUUAUAUCUGUCGUGUAGGAUCAGGCCCCGGGAAAAAAUAGUUUCUCCCUGGGAAAGCCAGUAUUGAUGAGAUCACAGCCUUGAUCUGGAGUCCUAUAAGGGAGAAGAAACCCACAGUGAUCUCGCCCUGCAAUCGCCUAUUGAUGCCCAAAGGAAUUUGCUUGCCUAACACUUAUUAUCUAAAUUGAUUAAGGGAAACAAGGCAUUGAUUGACUUGCACAGCACAUUUUGAAUACUCUGCAGCAAUAUGUAAAUGUUGUUAAUCAUGCUAUCUGGGUUGACCCAGCCAGAUGGGUGGGGUAUAAAUAAUAAAAUUAUGAUGCUGAUGAUUAAAACUGUGAUUGGGAUGGUGUUUUUGAAAUAUUCUUUUGAAUGGCUUGAGCAACCCUUUCUUACAUCAUGGAUUUGUUUUAAGAGCUCAUUGUAAAAUUCACAGUUCCACUGUACUUAUUAAUGAAUUUGGUCAUACUGAACUGUCUUGAAUUUUCAGCAUGUUAACUUGGCAGCUCAAAGACUUUGUCCUGAGUUUGAAGCCCUUUCGGCAUUGUGGUUGGGAAGCUGCUUUUAUAGACCUGGCAGUAGGAUUAAGGGGACAAGAAAAGUAAAAAGACUUUGCUGUGCAGUGUCAUGCUAUCAUUGCCGUUGACAUCUUGGGCAUACAGCGCUAGUGGAAUUGACCCUGCUUCGCAAAUGACUACCCGGUUAGGGUCAACGUUAGAUUUACUAAAUAUAUAUAUCUCACUUCCUAUUACAAAAAGUCCCAAAGCAAAUUACAACAAAGUAAAAAUAUAAUAAUAAAAAUAAUGUAAGCAUGUUAAAAACAUAUUCAAGAAUGUAGUACUACUGUAAAAGGGUUCUUUUCCAACAAAACCACUCCACCCUAUCUAAGAUGAACACCAAAAUGAGACAAACAUAAAAACAAACAUGAAAGCAAGAUUUCUACUCUAACCUUACCCUGAUAGGUUGGCUUUCCAUUUUCAGGGAGAUGUAGUCAUUGAACUGUGAGCAUUCUAGAAUUCUUACAACCCUGUUAGAGGAGUUCUACCAUUAGUUCCCUGCAUAUUUUUGAUCUGGACCUUGUUUAGACAUGAAAGAAGCAGAGAGUUUGGAAAACAAGCUUGGAGGACCAAUUUGCAUGGCCUCUUGGCAUGGUUAGAGGAAAGUGGGGCCAAGAAUCAAUGCAGUGAGUUCUGUUUGUGUUGCUGCUUGCAGCUGUGUGAAAAACAUACCAGCAGGGCAGGUCAACCCAGGUCAAUGGAAGCCACGUUCCUGCCACUGAUAGAAGCUAAACCACCUGGAUAAAGUGGUCCUAUGUCAGGAGUUGCUAACCUUUGUUUAGUGUGAUAGCUGCUUGGCCAAGUCUCCAGGGUCUGUAUGCUAGUAGUGGGUGUGGCCACACCCCAUGCUUUCAUGCACAUGCACACAUACACAGCUCUUCCCUCAGCUUUUCAGUACAGAUCAGCUGAUGAAAGAUUAUCACCUCCUCUCUGUUCUUAAAUUGAUCAAUCUGAAGACCAGGGAGGGAGCCAUUUGCAUUCCAACUUGUUUUCUGGCUUCUGCCCACCCCAUCACUGUCUACUUUCCUCCCCGUUUUUCUGCCACCAGCAGAGUCAGUAGGAUCUUGGGAGGGAAGCAGAAAAUUUGCUCAGGGAGCUCAUUAAGGAUUAGCCAAUCUUGAGCUAGUGGUUAGCUGUGAUCUACAUGGGUUGAACUGACAUUCAGCAGAUCUAGGGACACCCAGUACAGUCUGGUCUCAUUAUUAUCUUUGCAUUUGUCUACUUCCCCCACUCUAAAUCCAUACAUAAUAGGUUUAAUGCUUAAGACUGCCCUGCCACUUUGUGGCUUCAGCAGAUGGAAAUGGAAAAGAAAAAGCUGAGCUUAACAACAGAGAAGCUUCUCUUUUUUCCACAGCAUCUGAUUGUAGAGUCUUUAAGUUGCACUGGUGAGAAUAAGGGCACUCUGAUAUUAUUAAGUUGAUCUUCACCAUAGUAGUGAUCCUGAACACUCUGAAAGCCAUGUCCAUGAAAUCCAGCAGGGCUUUCUUCUGGGUAACCAUUUUUAAAAGUCAGGCAUGUGUGUGUGUGUGUGUGUGUGUGUGUGUGUGUGUUUGGGUGUGCAAAGAUGAAAUUGUGACUGGGGUAUGCAUUGCAUAAAAUAGAAAAUGAGGCUGAUGUUAAAUGUCCUUAAACUGUUGCCUAGUGUACACUACAAUCAACUUGCUUCCCUGCAACAAUUUCAUUGACAGUUGUGUGAAGACUUCCACCCCCUUUUUUCUUUGCAUAUUUUAAUAUGCCCAAUUUAUUGCCCCUCAGGAGAGAUCCUUCUCACCACGGUGGAGAUGGCCCUAAACAAUCUGACGUUGAAGGCUGCAUCGCUUUAUGAUGAGUGGAUUAAAGAUGCUGGUAAGUCUUGCUCCACAGUAGUGACUUUCUGUUUUAUGGUAUUUAACAACAGCUGAAAUAGUAUUAUUAAGAGUAUCUAUGUAAAACUGAAAUGUGCAGUUGUUUGCCAGUAGGUCCUUGUGCACUUGGCUAUUCCAGGAUACGUGGGCAUAUUGGAAGCUUUGGGAAGGAACAAGUCGGGUGUUAAUUUGGGAUAAUUGAAGAUGGAACACAAAAUGAGUAAUCGAUUGCACCAGAUGUUUAACAAGUGAGAGAUUACAUGGUGUUGACUCACCCAUGAGUUGCUUCCAGAGGAACAGGAUUUAACUUUAUGAGUUACAUGUUGCACAAUGUUUAUCAGUCUUUUCAAUGUACCAUCAUUGCAUACCAUCUUACACGUGUAUUACCUAACUGAAAAAUGAAUAAGCAGGUCUCUGCAUCCUGUGAUUGCUUGAGAGUGCAGAAAAAGCACAAUGCAAUACUGUCCAAAGGCCCAUCUUGUCCAGAAUCCUGUUCACAGUGAUCAGCCAGAUGCCUGUGGGAAGCCCACAAGCAAGACCUGAGCGAAAUAGCCAUCUCCCCACUUGUGAUUCCCAGCAACUGACAUUGCUUCUGACAGCGGAGGGAGCACAUGGCCAUUGUGGCUUGUAGCCAUUGAUAGCCCUUUACUGGGUGGUGUGAUUGCACUUCUGGAGAAUCUAUGCAAUGUUACUGAAUUUGUGGAUUCAUACAGGCCAAGGAUUUUAGGCACAGGAUUUUACUUUUUGAUGUAGAGCACAUGCAAAUCCAUUGGAUGGUUGUCACAUCAGGAAAAAAGGAAUCAUUUCUUUUGUCGGUACUGUCAGAUCCCUUCUACACACCUCUGGAUUGGGAUCCCAGCUCUUUGAAUGGAAAUGUGUAUAACUUAAAUUUAGGCGUUCUACAAGGCAAGGAUUCUCAAAAUACCAGAGUUGUUGUGGUGUUGUUUAUUAAGAGUUCCACUGAAGUAGGAUGCCAAAGUAAUGCUUGCGCAACUAUAAAAUGGCACAUAACUGGUUUCCAGUUUUAGAGCAUUAGUUGUCUUGGAAUAAGGAAUAGAUAACCAUAAAUUCGGGAAAAUUUAUGAUCAAGGUGAUGCCUGUACAGCUGUUGAGAACAUAGCUGGAUCGCAGCUCCAUUUAGCCUAGCAUCCUGUUUCCAAGAGUGGCCAGCCAGGUGAGUCCAGGAAGUCCACAAACAGGUCCUGAAAGGCACAGCACUUCCCCUCAGCAUCUGGAGUGGCCAAAUUAUGCAUGCUUGUUCACACACAGGGCCUAAUGCCACGUUUAGAAUACCCCAACAAUAUGUCAGCAGGAUGUACAAAUACUAAUAAGCUCCACACUAGUAAGCAUCCUAUGAAGACAUUAACUGACACUCCCAAAAUUGCUUCUGGCUUUGUUUUACAAACAUUCAGUCAAACAUGAAUAUCGCAUGCGAACAAUUUGUGCAUAAUGUUUCCUGUUAAUGCCUAGGAGGAAAGGAAGAUGGUGCACUUGCGCACUUCUGCCAUUCACACAUAUUAAAACCUAGAAGGCACUGAGUGCCCUUGCUCUGUGUUUUCACAUUCUUCCACAGAAUACCAAGUUGUUUUGUCUCCAAAUGAGUCUCCUUUAUGAAAGUGUUAUGAUGCCCACAAAGAAUACUUCUUGGAUUACUGAAUAAACUCAGUGUAAAGAAGACUGUAUUAUUGGGUAUAGGGAGAGACCAAAGCUGCUAUUUUUAAGCAGUGUAGCAAUGAGGUUAUUUAGGAAUCCCAUUUGCUAAUGGGGGUAAAUUUAGUACCUGUUUUUACGAGUAUUGCAUUAAUGUAAAAGGGAAAAAAUGAAAUAUUCUUAGCAGAUUGAGGAUACUAAUGUAUAUUAUAUACCAGGAACGUCCAACUUCCAAGAGACUGCGAUCUACUCCCACUAUAAAAAACUGGCAGUGAUCUACCCAUUGGAUUGACCAGAGUUGUAGAGUUUUUUCUUGGGAAGCUUCAUCAAAGUUGUUUUUAGGGAGGAUUGACCAGAGUUGUUGAGCUUUUGGGGGAGGGGAGCAAUUGAUCAGGGUCCCGCGAUUGACCAGGGACACCCAGCGAUCGACAGGUAGAUCGUGAUUGACCGAUUGGACAUCCCAGUUAUAUGCCAUUAAUGAUAGGGGUGGGUGUUGGACAUUCUUGGUGAUGUCCCAGUCAUUGGGAGGGAUUGGUGGAAUAUAUACAUGUCCAAGUUACUUCCUUUUAAAUCUUGUAAGGAUUUUGCUAGACUAGUCAAGUGGCUCAAUGUAGGCUAAUACUUUAUUCUGUUUUGCCAUUUGACAGCAAUAAAAAUACAGGGAAUGAGUAAAUCAAAGAUCCUUCUGAUGAUUCUGGAUUUCAACUGACCAUUGGCUGUGCUGGGUAGUCCAGUAACAUCAGGCAAGCCUGAGGUUGUCCACUGCUGAAGUAAAUGAUGCAACUCAUCAAACACCAAAAUAGUGGCUGCACUAGGUCUCAAAUCUAGCCAAAAUAGCAAAAUUUAAUGAUGCAUUACAAGAGCGUGUGACUUCUGUUUGUAGUAUUCAAGGAAAAAAUAACACGGUCAUGCCAUUGUCAAAGGUUUCUCAUUGUUGCAACUUAUGGAUGCAGGUUUUUGUUUCCUUGUGUAAGGUAUGCUUUUUGUGUAACGUGGGGAGAAGCUGAGGUAAACAACAAAUGUGCCUGUACAGGUGAAAACGUUCGUUCGAAUGAACAGCCUAUUUUUGCUUAAUAAUAUACUUGAUGAUUGAUUAAUCAUGGUAGCUGACUGACUUGGUCCCUUUUAAACUAAAUCUCUUCCAGAUCCACGGGUCGAUGGCUACCCGCUUAUGGCCUCACCUUUUCCACAGACACUUAUUCUUGGAGCAUAUAUCUAUUUUGUCACCAACCUGGGACCAAAGUUCAUGGAGAACAGGAAACCUUUUGAUUUGAGGCAAUUGAUGGUUUUUUACAACUUCAUUGUAGUGGCUCUUUCAAUUUAUAUGACUUAUGAAGUAAGUAUUGCCUAAGAAUAGACUCAUUAUGCCGAUUAGAUGUGCACAGUUUUUUUUGUUUUUGUUUUCCUAAAAAUGUUAAUGGGUUUCUGCUGUGGGCCAGAUUGCAACACCAAAGUUUAGAAACACUUUCAUCAAAUCUGAAUGCCACGAUGUGACCCUUUGUUCCCAGGGAAAAUUAAUUGUCCCUCUUAGCUUUUUGAACCUAGGGACUGCCUUCUAAAUCGUAUUUCCCUCUACCACAGCCUAGCAGUUGGGAAAUGCAGCAAAUAUUUCUCCCAACACAUGAAGCAAAUGGAUGAGUCGACACUAGGCUUCUAUCUCUACUCCUGGGGAAAGUGUGUGUUUGGGGGAGUAAGAAGCCUCCUUCCUCCCUUUGUUAACUGUACACGAGUUCACUCCCAUCAACAACAUUAUCCUAAAAAUGACGUGGCUCUGUAAUAUGUAAAGUCAAAGUUGACUAACCUGUGGGCCCUCCUAAAUGGUGGACUUCAUCUCUCAUCAUCUCUGAUCGUUGGCCAUGCUGGCUGGAGUUGAUGUGAGUCUUCACAACAUCCAGAUGGCCACAGGUUUCCCGUUACUGUUCCAUAAUAUUACUGGGCAGAGUAGAAGGACCUGGAGCAGGCUUUGCAGGCUUCACACACCCAAGUCCCCACAGUGACAAGUGAACAAAUUAACCAGGUGGUAUCUCUGCAUCUCUUCUUCGCUUCCCUAUAUUUAUGAGGAGCCAGGUGGGAGAGGGGACUAUUAAGCCCCAUUCCUUAUUAUUUCUGCUGGGUAAAAUCCCUGUAUAGUGAUGUCACCUCUGUGCCUGGCUUUAUAUAUAUAUGAGGCAGUAGAUGUAUGGACAGGGAAGCACAAGGUAUAUUUUGCCUGUGAAUUGGGAACCUAACUGGGAAGUUAUAGGUAUAGUUAGGUGAACUAUACCUGUAGGUGCAGGCUGUUGAAAUAAGAAGCAUGACUUCACUGAGCAUAGGAAACUGUCUUAUACAGAGUUAGACCACUGGUCCAUCUAGCUCAGAAUCAUCUUCUCUGGGUGGCUCUGUACGGAGGAGACCUGUUACAUGCAAAACAUGUUCUCUGUCACUGAGCUAUGCUAUGAAACUGCUUUUGUGACUUUAUAUUUUUUUCUUUGUAGAUACUUGAAACAGUCUUUGACUUCUGGGCUGUCUUGUCAAUUUUUUCUUCAGUGAUACACUUGAUCCGUGUAUCACAAAAAUUGCUUUCUUUUGUAAUGCUCAUGGUGAUCUCCAUAUUAUAAUUUUUGCAACCUUUCGUUUCAGUAAGAUGCUCCUGAUUAUACAGCCUUGGUAAUAAGUAUCCAAAUGUUUCCAUACCUAAAAAUACAUUUAGGAUUUUCCCUGUCAAAUGCACCUCUGUAAAAAUAAUGGACAACAGGAACAACUGGAAAAAGAAAUAAAUCCACUUCCAGCUACUAUUAACUUUGCCUGGAAUAACCUCUUUGCUGCCCUAGUGACAGGGCGAGUAGCUUUUUACACACCUGUUGUGAUAGAAGUAAAAAAACAAAAACCAAAAAAACAAAACAAAAAUCCUACUUCUGAACCCUUAGAUGUACAAAGUUCAUGGUGUUUCCCCCCCCAAUUGCAUAAUCAAUGUUUCAUAUUUUUUUUUGACUGAACACUAUGUAUGUGUAUUGGGCCAAUCUGUAUAAUCUAAAACAUACACAUGGAUUGUGUUCAGUCCAAAAAAAGAAACAUUGAUCAUGCAAUUGAAAAAAAACAACCCCUGAACUUUAUAGCUAAAUAAAGUAUUGUUACUGUUAUUGUUAUGAAUCAUUAUUUUCUUCCACCUCCAGUUCCUUAUGUCUGGCUGGGCUACAGGCUAUACCUAUCGCUGUGACAUAGUUGAUUACUCCAGGUCACCUAUGGCUCUAAGGGUGAGUCAUGUAAUGACUUUGUUGUGGUUCACAAAGUUGCAGGAAUGUGUGCUAUCAUUUGACUGAAUUGGCUACAACAGAAGAGUUGCAAAUGAAUGUGUGUAUGUAUGUGUAAUGAAAAGAGCAGCCAUGAGAGGCAUGGACACCAAUGCAGCUUUUUACACACAUGCAGAAAAGAUUGGCUGUGUGUGUGUGUGUGUGCGUGUGUGCGUGUGUGAGAGAGAGAGAGAGAGAGAGAGAGAGUUUAACUAGCACCUUCCCAUUGCAUUGCAGAAGUUUUAAAAAGGUGUUUGUGGGCACUGCAUGCUGCUGUGUAGGAAAUAUACAGAAUCUCCACUCUCUGUGUGUACAGUCGUACCUUGGUUCUCGAACGGCUUAGUUGCCGAACAAAUUAGUUCCCGAACGCCGCAAACUUGGAAGUGUUCCGGUUUACGAAUGUUUUUCAGAAGCUGAACGUCCGACACGACUUUCCCUUGACUGCAGGAAGCUCCUGCAGCCAAUCGGAAGCCACACCUUGGUUUUCGAAUGGUUUCAGGAGUCGAACGGACUCCUGGAAUGGAUUAAGUAUGAGAACCAAGGUACCACUGUAUACCCUCCUUUGUGUUUCCUUGGAUUGUAUCACCUGGUGAAUGGUGAUGAGGUGCACCAUGAAGCUGUUGCACAUAAAUUCAGCACCAAAAGCUUGAAAAACCUGCAUAAAGUUCAACUAAGGUUAGAUUUGGGCUCCAUUAUGUUUUCAGUUUUUAACGCAUCUUUUUCUUCUCUGCAGAUGGUUCGUGCCUGCUACUUGUAUUAUUUCUCGAAAUUCAUUGAAUUGCUAGACACGGUAAGCACAAUUGUAGAAUAUAACAAGUGAAUGAGGGGCACCUUUGUAUACUUCAGAUUGUUCUGUGCGUAUUGUAUUUCUCCUUCGCCAUGAGGUGGGGUUGUGUUAACUCCACUGUGUGGAUGUAAACUUUCCGCGUGCUGUAAUUUACCUGGAGAACACCUGGAGAACCUUUUAUUUUCUCUUCCUCAUUGAGAGAAGCAGGGAAGUUUGUGUGGGUGGGAAGGCUUCCAUAAUAAUUGCUUCUCAUAGUGAUGAUGUCUGUAGUUUAGUCAACUAUGUUUCGCCUUCAGGUUUCUAAGACUUUGUUCAUGGAGAAUAAGGCUCUCAGUGACUACUAGUCACCAUGGCUACAUUCUCUCUUUACUAUGCCUCAGAAUACAGUGGUACAGUGGUGCCUCGCAAGACGAAAUUAAUUGCGAUUUUUUUCGUCUUGCGAAGCACGGUGUCGGGAAAGUUUUGGAAAAGCUUCAAAAAUCACCAAAGUCUUUAAAAACCUCAAAAAAGGCUACCACACCGCGUUCUAUGAGUUGCUCCUCGAAGUCAAGUCGCAACUGUAUUAACGGUGUUAAGAAAAAGGAAACAAACUUGCAAGACGUUCCUGUCUUGCGAAGCAAGCCCAUAGCGAAAAUCAUCUUGCGAAGCAGCUCGAAAAACAAAAAACCCUUUCGUCUAGCGAGUUUUUUGUCUUGCGAGGCAUUCGUCUUGCGAGGUACCACUGUAUCUCGGUUCUCAAACGCCUUCGUUGACAAAUGUUUCCGAACUUGAAUGCCGAAAACUCGGAAGUAAAUGCUUCCAUUUUCGAACAUGCCUCAGAAGUCGAACAGCUUCCCCUGUAUGUUUUUCAGUUUUCUCAAUUGAAUUUGUUGACAGCCCUUUGCACCUCAGUUUUCGAACGUCUCGGAACUUGAACAGUCUUCCAGAAUGGAUUACAUUCAAGAACCGAGGUACCACUGUACCAGUGGCUGGGAAUCAUUGGUAGUGUUCUACGCAGAUCCUGCUUCUGGGCUUCCUGGGGGCAUCUGGUUGACUACAGUUAGAACAAGUUGUAGGAGUAGAUGGGUACUUCAGCCUGAUCCAACAAGGUUCUUCUCAAUGUGCUAUGAUUAGUCUCUAAGAAAUCAGUGCAGUGUUUAUUGAGCUGAUACAUAGCUUGCAGUAUUGCACCACACUCUCCACUCCAAAAAAUAAAAAAAAAAUCCAGUAGCAGAUGAGCUGUGGCUAGAAACAACAACAGCACAAGGCUGGUUUCCAGACAAACCAUGUGAAAAUUGGUAUGUCUUUUUAAAAUACUGGACACCAGUGCAGCGGCAGAGCAAGCCGAUUGGGUGCCUGGGACGGCACAUGUGCCUUGCGCCCAGGGGCAGGGCCAGCCGCCCGUGGCACAGGGCAAGCUGGGGCACUCUGUGGGACCUCUGAGGAGUCUGCCUGCCUCCUGCCACUCAGCUGCCCUACAGCUGAGGGGGAGGUGGCAGGCAGACCAUUUGGGGCACUCCCACAUGUGGCCUGGGCGCACUGCAGGCCCCCGAAUUUUGUCACCCCCCUCAGAGGUGACACUUGGAGCGGCCCGCCCCCACUGCACACUCUUCGUCCGCCCCUGCACCAGUGUGUGUGUGUGUGUGUGGUGGGUGCAAGUGACAAAUCACAAGGGUGCAUUGUGAGCAGAUUGAGCAGCAGAUUGUAUGAAAAAACUGGUGUUCUAUAUACUGUACUCCAGUGACUCUGAAACCACCUGCAUCUUCUGUAUGUAAAACAAAAGCCAAUAGAUUAUUUAUUUAUUUACUCUAGCAACUAUUUUGGGCAGUAGUAUGUGUAGUCAGUACUAAUAGUCAUGGAACGGCAGUGUGAAUAAAUGCAUUUUUAUACAUGCCAUGAAAACAUGAUGAGCUAUUCAGCGCACAGACUGAAUUGCGCAUGCUGCUGACGUUAAGUGUGACUUGCAGUAAUAAUACCUGUUUAAAUCGUUCCAGAUCUUCUUUGUGCUCCGAAAGAAGAAUGCCCAAAUUACGUUUCUCCAUGUAUUCCAUCACACAAUCAUGCCUUGGACCUGGUGGUUUGGAGUCAAAUUUGCUCCAGGUAGUUCCGAUUCUAAAUUGAAACUUGCUUUUAUAAAUAAUACAAUGUUUCUAAGUGGAAAUUUCCUUCUUUCUGCUGCUUUACCUAUGGGGUUUUCCUUAAAAUUCUGUGCAUGCACCCCACCUGCUUUAGAAAGUCAUGUAUACAUAUAAACUUUUCCCAGGUAGGUGGUGUAGGUAUUUCACUCUGCAAAUUUGGUCUCUGGCUGCUUCCUGCAACUGGGUGGCUAAACAAAGGGCAACUUGGACAAGGCUUUUUGUUUAAAGUCACACAGAGGAAAAGGCAAACAAUACAAAGAUUCUGAAGCAAGUGUAUCAUUUAAACCUAUUAAGGUUUCUUACUUGACUCAACACAUUAACUGGUUCCAGCACAGAAUUAGGUGCUCUUAAACAUAUUGGCUUAAAUUAGCAUAGGAAUGCCAAGCUCUCUGUUGGAUUAAGAACUUUGUUUUUCUCCCGAUUUUAGCUUUGCAGCUUUAGCAGUUUAUUGAUAGUGGCGUUUGACCAGUAGUUCCAUCCGAUUUCUAGUUUCUUUUCCCACCCUAUUAUGUAACCCUUGAAUGUUCUCAGGCCCAAAAUCCCUAGCAAGCUGAAAUCUUUUGGAAGCAUUAGCAUAGAUGCAACAAGUUAUUUACUUUGAAUUAUGCAAACCCCUUUCUUUUGCAUGUUGGUUCGCCUUCUCUGCCUUUGAAGGGUGCCUGUCGAAAAUGGAAACACCUGGGCAAAAAAAGGAGGUACAGAAAGGAGAGCAGCGGGGCAUAGGGAAAACUAUAGGUUUUCCUAACUUCCUAACGCAAAGACCAUGUAAAAAAAAAAAAUCCCAUCUAAAGGUUGCGUUGUGCUUUUACAGGCAUUCAGAAGACUAUUUUAUUUUUUAAAAUUUAGAAGACAAUUUCUGACCCGUGUUCUAUUGCCAGAUUACUGUUGUUCUCAGAUUCAUAUUAGCUGCAUGUUGGGACUUGACAAAUUUCAUAGAUUGCUUCUCUUGAAGGGGUGGGGGUGGUAGAUGGUAAUAAUCUGGACAUCUCAUCUAACCUGGGGAGCCUGAGGCAGUGUUGCCUUGGGAGAAGCCUGUUAAUAACAGUGGUAGUAAUGAUGAUGGUAAUUAUAUUAUUAAUAAUAUAGUGUCAUUAGUUUAUUCAUUGCCUUCUACGCAAUUGACUCAAGGAGAUAUACGGUGAAACAGCAAAAAUAAAGUUAUUAUCACAGCAGAUAUAUUUAGAACAAGACAAGUUUAGUUUUCAUAAAUGUGUGCUCUCUUCUUUGGAAGGCUCUAUUAGAUCUUGACAAAUGAAAUAAUGCCCUCUAUUAUCCCUUGGAAGAGUAGUGAUGUCUUCCAUCCUAUUUACUCUUCUUCUUUUUUUUUGGCUUUUAAAAAUGAUUAGCUUAAUGCUGCCUAAUACUAAUUUAUGUUAAUCCAAGUGUUUGCCAUGAGGUCUUUUUUAAUGGAUUUUUCUGUGGACAGAAAUUGAGUACUUUUGAGUGAGAUGCCCUUGUGUUAAUCAGCAUUGUGAACCCUCCCAGUUAAUGUGCUUUGGAUUUUUUGCUUUAAAAACUUUUGGCCUUCGUUAUAGGAUAGAAGUCAUCCAAAAUGGCAAUAGAAUCAUCCAAAACAUCACAAUGGUCCAGUUCCCACACUGCAGUAAACUAGUUAAUAGUUUUACCAUGAAGCUGCUGAUCUGACCUCCAUGCUUAGCACUUAGGAGAAACAAACCUAGGUUAGAAUUUGAAGUACCACUAAGGAGAUUGUUAAGUCACUGCAAGCAUUUCUGCUUGUCUAAUGGAAUGAUGCCACCUCUCCUUCCUCUUCAUGCUGUUCUGGGCUUCUCUCAAAUGCCUCUGCCACCAAUUUGGGCAGAGGAAAAAGCCACAUUGUGCUAGCUCUGCGCGACCCUCCGGAGCCCGGCGCCAAGCCGCACCGGGCUCUGGAGGGUUGCGCAGAGCUGCCUGCAUUUCGAAGCCUCGGGCGCGCUUAAGAGCGCGCCCGGGCUUCGCACAGCUGCCCGCAAGCCUGGGGAGACCGGCGCGGCUCCCUAGGCUUGCGGAUAGCAGGCUGUUCUGGGGGCUGGGGUCGGGGGAAGCUCAGGCUUCCCCCGCGCCAGCCCCGUGCCUGGGGGGGAAAUAAAUUUUUUUUCUUUAUUCCCCCCCCCAAAAAAACUAUGUGCAUCCUAUAGGGCGGUGCGUCCUAUGGGGCGAAAAAUACGGUAGCUCCAAGUGUUAUGUCUGAACUAGAGAUCUCCCUGCCCCACCCCCUCAGAAAAGAUGACUAUCAGUAAGUCAAGAACAAACUGUGACCAGUUCAGACAUAAUAAUAAGUCAGGAAUUAUCAUUUGCUCUUCCUUGCAUGUACAUGGGAGGGAAAACAUCCCAAAUGGGUAGCAAUUGUUUACUGAAGGAGUAGCUAACCUGUGGCCCUCCAAAUGCUGUUGGGCCCCAGCUCCCAUCAGCCCCAGCCAGCAUAGCCAAGGAUCAGGAAUGGCAGUAAAGUCCAACAUCUAGAAGGCCACAGACAAGUCACACCUGGUCUACCAACGAUGUGAACAAGGUCAAUAACUGCUAGUUUGUGGCACAAAGCAGAAAUAGUCAUCCACUUGCAUCCACCUGAAUUUUAACUGUAGUUUUAGUUGAGUGCUGCCACAGCCCAGAUUGAUGUACCCAAUAGCAAGAGGUUUUGAAGGAGUGGGUCUUCUGUGGAGUGCAUGUCUUAUUUCGCUCCUUGGGUUUGAUGGGCUUUAGAAUAAAGUGAGAAGUGUUUGAUAAUAAACAGUUACCAAGAGGAGAACUGCAUUGCCUCCCCCCCAGUAGAGAACACAGUGUGUUUAGAUCUCAUUUGCGAAACGACAUAAAAGAACAGAAGAUCCUUUUCGCAAUUGCCCAUAAGAGUUAAUGCCACUAUAAGCCAGCAGUAAAACGUUUAACAAUAUUCCCUUACUUACACACACAUACACCCCCCCCUCAAGUACUGUGUGGGAUUAUUUGGCAGGCUUCCUUGCUUGAGUAAUUUGGAUAUUCCUGCUAAACUGGCUUCAUGAAAAUGCAAAUCCUUCAGGCACUGUUACAUAUCAGUAGGUUGCGAGUCUCCAUUUUUGGCUUAGGAGAGAUUGCUUUUCUGGUUUCUGCAUGCGAGUUUUAAUUAUUCCACAGCACACACAGAGAGAGAUGGUUUUUGUCAUUGCAGCUUAUGUGUGAUGGAUGUGACUCUUUCUUGUGGUAAGGUUAGGCACUUCAGAAAUUAGGAGAAUCUUCAAGGCUGCCAUCCCAAAUACAUAAAGCCAACUGCCCUUUAUUAACAGAAUUUAGUAUGCAGUAUUUUGCACAAGUCCUAUGUGUCAAAUGUGGACCACCCUGCCCAUCAUGAUGAAAACCACCGAAUUAAUGGUUGCCAUUUAAAAGUGGCCAAGUGUCAGUUCUCAGUAACCUAGUUUUGUAAUCUGGAAACUGCUUGUGACUCUAUUCUAGAGCAAGACUUCAGCCUCACUCAGCCAUAGGGGAAAUGCUUGCUUGAGUUAACACUUGUGUUGCACUGACCAGCUACUUUCCCCUGAUUUUUUGUUUAUUUAAAAAAUUUAAAUCUUUUAAAUUUCAUACUCAAAAGUACACAAAACAAUUUUUUAUAUAAAAAACACAUUUAUUUCUCAUUUUGAUUAACUGCUUUUAGAUGUUCUUAAUUGCUUUUAAAUGUUUUCGAUAUAUUUUUAUUUUAAUUGUAUUAUUUUACUACGAUGUUUGGCGCCCUGGGGGAAAAUAGUAAUUUAAUUAAUAGUACUUGUUAAUAAAUAAUAGAAUUUUUAAGCACCACGUGCCUUUUGCUCAUACAAGCUGCCCAUUUGCUUGUGCUGUGGAGGGAAGAGCAGUCAAACCAAGAAGUGCUUCCUCCAAACCAGGACAUCUAUGGUUGCCACCUUUUGGACGAGACAGGAUAUUAAGCCAGUUGGUUUAAUAGUAUGGCUUGUUCCAAAGCUGAAAAUGAAAUGGGAAACUCUGGUUAAUGAUACACUUUCUGGAUUUAUUGUUUGUACCACAAAGGGGCUGUGGGGCUAGAAAAAAACUUGUUCAUAGCUCUGUUGUGAUUGCCUGACCAGGCAGUUAAUGCUUUCUGUCAACUUUUUGUCUGCAUCAACUUACUUUUCUCCACUUUUAACUGAUGCACCAGUCUUGAACCCGCAUGCAUUUCCAGAAAUGAGAAGUGCUGAACACCUCGAAGUUCAUGGUUGUGAGGCAGCCUAAACAGGGGCAGGAAGCAGUUAGAAUGUGAGUUUGAAUAUAAACAUGAGGGUAUGGGAGAGGGAGUUAGGGAAAUCUUAAAAAUAUGGCACAAGAUAUGUAAGAUAGCUGGAAACGAAUGCAAAGGUGCUUGGACCUAUUCCAAGUGUGCAUGUCAAGAUUUCCAAAACUGGUUCAAGUUCUUAUUUGAAGACAGUAAUUUCAGAGUAACAUAACUAAAACAAGUGAGGACCUGCAAAAUCAAGCUCAGCAUUUAUUUUGCCUGAACAGGUGCAGAUUAGCUGCAAUUUAAAUACCGUCCAUAGGCUGAGGACAGAAUUCCCAAAUUAGGCCACCAUCCUGUGUCUCAGUAUUGCAGGGCAGGAGACACCCAGAUUGAUUGAUUAUGUUAUUGCAUGUGAAGAUAUUGAUUGCAGUGUUGAACCUGGAUUGGGGAUACUAGAGUUUAAACUGUCACUAAACUGCCAUCAGCCCUGAAGGUACACUCUUAAACCAUCUUCCGAGACAGUCGACCACUUGCCAGCUCUCAACCUAGCCCAGGAGCAGCUAAUUUGGUUCCCUCCUAAGGUUGCUGAACUCCCUUACUCCCAAUAGCCCCAACCAGCAAGGAUGAUUGGUAGGGAUGAUAGGAGUUGGAAGUCCAGCAGCUCUUGGAGGGCAUCACAGUAGCUUAUCUCUCAAGGUUAUUUUGAGGACAGAGUGGGUGGUAUGUGUGCUGCCCUGAGCUCCUGGGCGGAAAGACAAGAUAUUAAUGUGAGGAAAAUAUAUACACAGUAUAAAGCAUGAAAGUCCGUGGACUUUCCAUACAUAGGUUUUGAUUAGGUACAAGGAUAUUGCUGUUUCUACUGAAGUACUAGAGGGCUCCAAUGCCUGCUUUAAUGUGUGCAGAGGGCUUUUAAUAAGAGCUGUUGCUUGUCUCUCCACCCCAGGAAGAUGUAGAGUGGGCAUAGAGGCUCUGUAACAACAGAGUUGGCAUAUAUGAUUAAAUCCAUGGAUACAUUUACAGCCACUGCAUGAAGCUUCUGCCUCACAGAAUUAUUUCUGUUAAUGACAGCCAUGCCAUUAUGGUUGCAUACAAAGCGAUCACAAGGUUACCAGAGACAGCCUCAAGUUUUGCUUUUCUUUGCCCCAUAUCUCUGAUUUGUCUCAGAUGAUGUACUUUGGAUUGGUAGUAGAUUGUUUCAAGACUGGAUUUUAUUUUACUCACAGGUGGCUUGGGAACAUUCCAUGGUAUGUUGAACUGUGUUGUGCAUGUGAUCAUGUACACCUACUAUGGACUCUGUUGCUUGGGACCAGCUUACCACAAAUACUUGUGGUGGAAGAAGCAUCUGACGACUAUACAACUGGUGAGUAACUUUCAGAACACAUAGGGGAAAGCUAGAUUAUCUGUUAAGGGUAGGUUGACUUUUGGUAAAGGGACCCCUGACCAUUAGCUCCAGUUGUGGAUGACUCUGGGAUUGCAGCGCUCAUCUCGCUUUAUUGGCCGAGGGAGCCGGCGUACAGCUUCCAGUUCAUAUGGCCAGCAUGACUAAGCCACUUCUGGCGAACCAGAGCAGUGCACGGAAACACCAUUUACUUUCCCGCCAGAGCAGUACCUAUUUAUCUACUUGCACUUUGAUGUGCUUUCAAACUGCUAGGUUGGCAGGAGCAGGGACCAAGCAACGGGAGCUCACUCCAUCGCGGGGAUUCGAACUGCCAACCUUCUGAUCGGCAAGCCCCUAGGCUUUGUGGUUUAACCCACAGAUGCAUAUGAAUGCUGUAAACGGCUGUGAGCUAGCUGAACUCAUUGCAUGACCUGUGCACCUUGUUUCCUGAACUGCUACCAUUUAGCCUGACCUCCCAGAGAAGAUUAAAAACUCUUUAACAAUGGGGUUUUGGAUGCAGCAGAUCCAAAGAAACAUCCAAUUUGGGGGCUGCCAGGAACUCACCACUUGCCUAGCCAAAACUGAGGUCUCUGUCAUGGUGAAAACCUUUCAACCAUUAGGACUCUUCUCCACCAAUAGAGGCCCUCAGAGAGGCACCCUAGCUCCUUCUCCACAAUUUAUGGGGUGGUGGUAACUGUAAGUAAAGCAAAGUAAGGUAAAGUAGUUCCAGUAGCCUGCUUUGAGAGCUGAGCAUCAUAAUACCCUCGCCUCCCCAUCGCCAAGGAUGUAGAACUAGUUCCGCAUAACUAUCCUUACUUACGUUUGAUGCUUUACACAGAAAGUUUCCUCCUUCAUCUGCUGCAACUCCCCCAACCCCACCUCCACUGUGUGAUUAAAACAAAUACCUAAUGAUUUACUAUGUUUUUUUCUGUUUUAGAUCCAGUUCAUUAUGGUUACCGUCCAUAUAGGACAAAUCUACUUUAUGGAUCAUUGCCCAUAUCAGUAUCCAAUCUUUAUGUUCAUCAUCUGGCUCUAUGGCACUUUGUUUUUAAUUCUGUUCAUGCACUUUUGGUACCAUGCUUACACCAGAGGCAAAAGACCCCCCAAGACUUUACAAAACGGCAUUACCAGAAACAAAACUGAAUGAAAGAUUCUGCCACAAAACAUGAUUGAAUGUUUUGACUUGACAAUCAAGAUGCAUAGGUGUACAGCACACACUUGUUUUAUACGUGGUUUUCCAAAACAAAACAAAAAACCUUGUAUUUUUACUAUAAAUUAUUUGGGAUAUAAUCUUUAUGUGGGAGGGAGGGUUAAUCUAAUGAUUAAGAAGAGGCACUGACCUGAAAUUUUCAGCACCAAUGUACAUAUUUUUUAAAAAUGUAUGAAAUAAGUUAAUACUGAGUUGCACUCUUGGAGAUGCAUAUGAAUAUUCAUUAUGGAAAUGAAGUGUGCCUGAUAAGUAUACAAAAGUACUUUGAACACUGACAAAGAUACAAUUGUUUUGGGCUGGUGUUGUAAAUUACUAAGGUCUAAAGGCUACUCAAUGAAAUGGAAUUCAGCUUAUCAACUAUAGACCUCAUUGUCAAAUACAGCUACUGUAAACAUUAAUGUAUUUUAUAAAACUGUACCAUAUGAAAUACUAUGACUAUUUAGUCUUAAAAAUGACUUUUGUAAUUCUAAGGUGCCUUAGGGUAUGAAAGAGGUAUUGUUGGAAAGGUUGAACUGGUUGCAACGAUAAUCUCAAGCCUCUUGUUUGAGGGACAAUGGUUGUUGCACCCUGUACCCUGAGCUUAAGCUUGAUUUGAACCGAAUCGUAUGUACUUGAGAAUAUCAAUACCUUUGGGUUGCAUGUUUCGAGGAAAACUGAAGAUGGAGAGAAACUUCCCUUGGAUUCUGACCACUACUUAACUUGCAGUGAAAAUAAUUUGAAGUUUACUGAUACUUCCACAUGAAUGUAUGUUAGAAUUGGGCUGUAAAAUGAUACAAUGCUUAUAUCUGUGUAUGAAGGACUAUGUACUGCACAUCUGGAGCUAGUGUAAACUCUAAGUCCCAAAAUGUAAAACAUCAAGUUAGUUCCUCUUUGGCAGGAGUGGCAAUUCUGUGAUGCUACACCUGCUGCUAAAAUCAGUCCCAGCCUCCGAGCCCAAGUGUCAGGGAUGAUGAACAACAGCUGGAGACCACACAGGUUGGCUACCUCUGUUUUGUAGACAUGCAUUUAUGCAGGUUGAGGUUCAUGUUGCAAAAAAUAGAUCCUAUGAGAACUCUGACCUCCACCUCUUUUUGAAAGGCUAACCCUGUCUCCUUAGCAGUAGUUAGAACACAUUCUUCACAGGCAAAAAGGGCCUCCCUAGGUUUUGUCCCUGGCAUCUCCAUUGAAGGAAUCCUGUCAAGGGAAGGACUCCUGUAUGAAAUCCUAGAGUGCCAAUCAUUUUUUUAAAAAAAUUAAUGAGUUUCUUACAAAAAAAAAAGAGGAAAAAGGGGCAUACACACACAUAUAAUAUAAACAUACAUGUUUUGGUUUAAGGGGGGGGAAGUAAACAAUGAAUAUUGUAUUACAUCCUCACCAACUUUCGCAUUCCAAAAUAUAAUAAAGAUCACCCAUCCUUCAACAAA